UCAAACCCCUCUCCUUUCUCUAUAGAUUUCCUCUCUGAUCAUGGCGACGGUUCCUCUCGAGCCUAUCCUCCAUCAUCAUCACUGGCAGGAAACCUCAAAGUCUCCAAUGGAAUCUGAAAAGCAUAAGCAAUCUUCCCUGAAUUACACUUGGAAGACAAGGAAUUGUUUGAUCGGAAAUGGCGCCAAACGCUGCAACUUCAGGCCUGCUAGUUCUAGGGUUAUGAAAACCACCGUUAGAGCUUCUUCUAAUAGCUCAGCUGCUGAGUUAUCUCUUUCCAAUACAUCCGAGUCCGAUAAUGUCAUCUUCCACAAAACAUUUCCAUUGCAAUGUAUCGAAAAGGUCGAAGGAAAGAUAUUAGUCAGAUUAGAUUGUGGAAAAGAUGAAGAGAAUUUGCAGCUUGUUGUUGGAUGCAAUCUUCCAGGGAAAUGGAUUCUUCAUUGGGGAAUUAAUUAUGCUAACGACAUUGGCAGUGAUUGGGAUCAGCCUCCUGUUGAGAUGAGACCUCUAGGCUCUAUUCCCAUUAAGGAAUAUGCAAUUGAGACCCCUUUAGAAAAAUCAGUGGAGAAGGAAGCAGGGUUCAUAUAUGAAGUGAAGAUCGAUUUCAACACCAGAAGUUCAAUUUCAGCAAUAAAUUUUGUAUUAAGGGAUGAAGAAACUGGAUCUUGGUAUCAACACAAAGGGACAGAUUUUAAGGUGCCUCUUACAAAUAUAUCUAAUGAUGAUGGCAAUACUGUAGAAACUAAACAAGAUUUUGCCAUAUGGCCAGGGACUCUGGGACACUUAUCUAACAUGUUGCAGAAAUCUGAUGGUGGCAAUUCAAAAGAAUCUACACAGAAGAGGAACCUUUCUUAUGAGGAAUAUGACAUUGUAAAACAAUCAUUGGUUGAUAACUCCAUGAGUGUUUGCAUAAAGAGAUGUCCCGAAUUUGUUAAUAAUCUUCUGCAUAUAGAAACUGAUAUUCCUGGUGAUGUUGUUGUUCAUUGGGGUGUAUGCAAAGAUGAGAGUAAAAAAUGGGAAAUUCCAACUGGACCAUAUCCAGAUAAAACAUCAAUAUUUAAGAACAAGGCUUUGCAGACUCAUUUACAGAAAAAAGAAGGUGGAUGUGGGUGUUCUGGAUUAUUUCCACUAGAUGCAGGAAUUGAAGGAUUUCUUUUUGUGUUAAAAGUGAACAAUAACACAUGGGUAAACUGUAUGGGAGAUGAUUUUUACAUACCCAUGUCAAAUGAAAGAAACUUUAAGAAACCAGAACACAUAGGAGAAGAGAAUGUGUCCACGAGUAUGAAAUUAGAUUCUUCACAAGAUGUUUCCACAAAUACAGACGAAUUAAUCAAUGAAAUAAGACACCUGGUGAUUGGCAUUUCCUCUGAAAAGAAACGAAAAACAAAAAGCAAAGAAACACAAGAAAACAUUCUUCGUGAGAUUGAAAAGUUAGCUGCAGAAGCCUACAGCAUUUUCAGAAGUUCCAUUCCAUCUUUCAAAAAGAAACCGGAAUCGGAAUCGGAAUCCAAAGAAGCAGAACCCGAUUUGAAAAUAAGUUCAGGAACAGGUUCAGGUUUUGAAAUUUUAUGCCAGGGAUUCAAUUGGGAAUCCCACAAAUCUACAAGUUGGUAUUCAGAGCUACAAGAUAAAGCUGCUGAGCUGUCAUCACUAGGGUUUACCAUUGUUUGGCUACCUCCACCUACAGAAUCUAUCUCCCCUCAAGGCUACAUGCCCAAGGAUCUUUAUAAUUUGAACUCCAGGUAUGGAAACAUUGAGGAAUUAAAGUCUCUUGUGAAUAAAUUCCAUGAAGUUGGUAUCAGAGCUUUAGGUGAUGCUGUUAUAAAUCAUCGUUGUGCACAUUCCCAGAAUCAAAAUGGUGUUUGGAAUAUUUUUGGUGGGCGUUUGGAUUGGGAUGAUAGUGCAGUUGUUGGUGAUGAUCCUCAUUUCCAGGGUCGAGGAAACAAGAGUAGUGGAGAUAAUUUCCAUGCUGCUCCAAACAUUGAUCAUUCACAAGAGUUUGUAAGGAAAGAUCUUAAAGAAUGGUUAUGUUGGCUGAGGAAGGAAAUAGGGUAUGAUGGAUGGAGGCUUGAUUUUGUGAGGGGAUUUUGGGGAGGUUAUGUAAAAGAUUACAUGGAUGCAAGUGAACCUUAUUUUGCAGUUGGAGAAUAUUGGGAUUCUUUAAAUUAUACAUAUGGUGAAAUGGAUUAUAAUCAAGAUAGCCAUAGACAAAGGAUUGUUGACUGGAUUAAUGCCACUAAUGGAACUGCUGGAGCCUUUGAUGUCACUACAAAAGGAAUUCUCCAUUCCGCACUUGAAAAACAUGAAUAUUGGAGAUUAUCCGAUUCCAAAGGAAAACCGCCAGGUGUCGUUGGGUGGUGGCCUUCUCGUGCUGUUACCUUCAUAGAAAAUCAUGACACCGGUUCUACACAGGGUCAUUGGAGAUUUCCUGGUGGAAAGGAGAUGCAAGGGUAUGCAUACAUCUUGACUCAUCCUGGAACACCAUCGGUUUUCUAUGAUCAUAUUUUCUCUCACUACAACUCCCAAAUAUCUACACUCAUUUCUAUCAGGAAUCGCAACAAAAUUCAUUGUCGUAGCAUGGUUGAAAUUAGCAAGGCAGAAGGAGAUGUUUAUGCAGCAAUUAUUGAUGAAAAAAUAGCAAUGAAGAUUGGACCAGGCCACUUUGAACCACCUCAAUCUGGGCCCCACCAAUGGUGUUUGGCUGCUGAGGGUAAUGAUUACAAGGUCUGGGAAGCUUUAUAAACUCAUGCUUAUUAAUAUGUAAACACAUGUUUUUGCUCAAGUAUAUACGACACAUGUGACAAAAAAAUAAAUAAAUAAAUAAAGGAGAUUUUGGGUAUAAUACACUAAGGUUAUAUAUUGCAAGAAGGGAGAAUAUGUAUCUAUACAUUUCUAUAUACUAAUAAUUGUAGUUACUUAUCUAAUGGUCAACACAGGUUCUAGAUUUAUGGCAUGUCCAGUCCAUUAAACAUUUUAAA